UGCACUCUUUUGAAAAACAAUUUUAUAAAUACUUUAAAUCGCGUUGAUACGCUUCUAUAUUGCAUAUGAUGAUGAAGCUUUUGUUUUAUUUUAUUAAGGCAAAGAACCAGAUAAGGAUUGCGCUGGCGACCAAUGUAUUAAAGCAAUGUGCAAACCACGUUUCACAUCAUUUAGUUCAAAAUGAAUUGGCAGCAAGUUGGCUUCAUUCUCGCGCUUUGUUUCUACGGAUCUCGGGCCCUGGAAUUGCUGGAUGCGAACUGUGUUAAAAAACCAGUGGGAUUCUAUGAACAAAUAUAUGGAGGUCAAACUGCUGAUAUACGGUCGCAUCCAUGGAUGGUACAGAUACUUUAUUAUGGCCAACAUUUCUGUGGUGGCUCGCUGAUAAGCUCCCAAUUUGUUCUGACAGCAGCGCAUUGCCAAAUGCCAUUCGGUUUGAAAGUGCGUUUGGGCGGAUAUUAUAGGACCACGGUUAGAAAGCAUUGCUCAAACGACAAUUGUUCACCAGCAGGUGCGGAAAUCGCUGUGAAGGAGAUAUUUGUGCCUAAUUUGUACUGGGACUAUCAUAACUAUGACAUUGCCCUAUUUCAGCUGGCCGUGCCGGUAAUAUAUAAUGCUCAAAUUAGACCGAUUUGUGUGACGCAGUCUUUGGAAGAGGACAAACUACGGCCAUUUUUGAACUACGUCAGAACGUUUAUUGUAACCGGCUGGGGAAAAACGGAAAGAAAUCAAACGAGCGAGACACUGCAGUUGGCCAGCUUAUACCACCUCGAUCGCGGAUACUGUCACCAAAUCUUCGACCGGGCAAUAGGCUGGCCACACAUCUGUGCUGGCCACUCGCAAUCCUCCACGUGCACCGGAGAUUCUGGGGGUCCGUUGAGCGCGGAGAUGACCUUUUCGGAAUGGAAACGCCCCAUUUUGUUCGGAGUAGUCAGUUAUGGGGCUCCAAAUUGUCGCGAAGUUACCGUUUUCACGAAUGUUUUGCAUUACAUUAACUGGAUCGGAGAUGUUGUCCGCAGAUUCACACCCAACUAUAAUAACUAAAUACAAAUUUUUAAUUGAAUAUGUACAUAUACGAGUAUAUAGCCAUGCAAUCAGGUCCCGAGAACUCAAGUCAAUCGCAUAAUUCGUGGAAUUUAUACAUACAGCGAAUGACUUGGAAUUAACGAUAAGCCUUUCUUCGAUGUGCAUUAAUAAAUGGCGUUGGCACUUGCAUUUUCA